AUGCCCAGGAUGAGGUCGACACCUGACAAAAGUGGUAGGACAUACACGCGAACUCUGCAGCAGUGGGAGACGGAGGAGGAGGAGGAGGAGGAGGAGGAGGAGGAGGAGGAGGAGGAGGAGGAGGAGGAGGAGGAGGAGGAGGAGGAGGAGGAGGAGGAGGAAGAGGAGGAGGAGGAGGAUGGGGAGGAGGAGGAGGAGGAGGAGGAGGAGGAGGAGGAGGAGGAGGAGGAGGAGGAGGAGGAGGAGGGGACAGCGCACACACCCGUCACCCCCAUACCCGCCACCCCCACACUCGCCACCCCCAAACCCUAA